CGCUGUGAGAACAGCUCCCUGCCCGCAGGCCCGCAGCUCCCUGACUGCGUGGGACAGAGAGCUCUGGUGCUUGGGGGAAUGUUAUCCGCGUUUUUAUAGGUCUAUUUUAUACGUGACGUGUAGCGUAUCAACCUCAGCGUUUCUCUUCAGUAACCGCGGAUAACUUCACUAAAAGAGAAUGAUCUGCGCUCAGGAAUGGUUUCACGGUUAUCAGCCAACAGAACAGCGUGGAGCAGCAUAAUGCUGGCCCCUCUGACCGCAUGAGGAAACCCGGGGCAGGCAGUAACGCCUCCCACCCUUCUAAGCUCCGCCAUCCCCGCUCCCACAACCCUGCGCGGCGCUACGAGCCGGGCCCGCAGCCGCAGCUCGCCGCCCGUUGCUAGGCAGGCCCGGACGCGGCCGCCGCGCCUUGAUGCCCUCCCGGAGGCGGCCCGUGGUGUAAGGGGGGACGUGCUGCCCCGCUAUGGAGGGCGAUAAGAGAAGAACCAAAGAAGAUACUUGGAAAUCAGAAGAACUUAGGAAACAUCUUAGGGCAUCACAGCCAGAGAGUCAAAAUGAAGACAGAAAGCACAGAGAAAAGAAACUGCACAAAGAGAAGGCUGUUCAUGAAAUAGGCACUCAUAAAGAUGAACGCAAAGACAGAGGGAAGAGCAAGGAAAGGAUGAGAGAGAGACUGAGGUCUGUUGAAAGAGAUAGGGAUAAAACAAGAGAGAAAGGAAAAGAGCACCACAGAGAUCAAGACAGAGAGAGAUAUCAGGAUAAGCUUAAGCAGUCAAGUUUAGAGAAGGAAAGAUACAGUGUACCUAAAGACAGAGACAGGGAGAGCAAUAGAGAACGUGAUAAAACACAUAAAAGACAUGAGAUAAAGCCAACAGAUUUGCAAAAUAACCUGAAAUCAUAUGAAGGAAGAGAUAAAGAACAUCACAGAAGAAGAGAAAAAAGCAGGCAGCGUUUGGAGGAGAAAACAAGAGGUGAAGAGCGAGAAAGAAGACAUACAGGGAAGAAGGAUAAUCAUAUGAAAACCAGCAUUGGCACGUUUUUAGCAGACGAAGUUGGAAGAGGUGAACAUGGACACAAGUUACAAAAAGAAAAAGAAUUGGAUAAAGAAGAAAGAAGGAGAUACAGGGAAAAAAAAGAACAUGCCAUUAGGCAAGAAAAAGACAGACUUUCUAAAGAGAGAAGUCAUAAAUCUUACGCAAAGGAAGAGGAAGAAAGACAUAAGUCAGAGAGGUCUACAGAAGAAUAUUCCCAUGGAGACAGAGGACAACUGGCAGAAGACAGGAAGAGAGUAAAAAGUGGAGAAAUGGAAAGAAAGCAGCUUGAUCUUAGGAAGAGUGAACGCAGAACAGAGGAGGAAAAUCAAGGAGAAGAAAUGAGCCAUGAGCUUGUAAGGACUGGAAAAGAUAAAGGAAAAAUCAGUGAAAAAGAGAAAAGAGACGCAAGUCAAGAGGAAGUUAAAGAUACACACAUCUAUAAUUCAGACCCAGAACUGGGUAACUUUUCAGCAGAUUAUGAAGAUGAUUUUGAAGAUUAUGAAGAUGAUUUUGAUGAUUACGAUGAAGACAAAAGUGAAGAAGGAGAUACAAGAGACAAACAAAGAGAGAUUCAUUUUUCCAAAACAUCAGAAAUUGAAGAAAUUCAAAGAGCGAUUAAUGCAGAAAAUGACAGAAUCUGUGCUUCACUGCCACAGAAAAUCAAAAAUGAAAAACAGGAACCAGUCAUGGAAACGCAAUGCCCUCCUGAGAGAAACUCCUUUUGUGGAAUAUUCAUGGAUUUCGAAACAGCAAAUCGAAGACAAAGUAGCCAAAUUAUGGCUAGUAAGCAGAAAAAACGGAUUGCAGAGCUUCUCCCACUGAUUGAUCUGGACUUCUCAGUUAGUUUUUCUUUAUUGGAUUUGCCUCCCGUAAAUGAAUAUGACAUGUAUAUUAGGAACUAUGGUAAAAUGAACACUAAGCAGGCCUAUGUUCAGUGUAAUGAGGACAAUCUUGACAGAGACGUUCAGACUGAGGAGGUUGAGACACUGGAGAAAUGGACACAGCAUCCAGGGGAAAGUGCCCUUGUAUCUGGAGGUCCCAUUAAUGGCCAGGAGAUGUCAGCAAAUGGAGCUCAAGCACCCAAAAUCGAUUCACUAAGAUUAGCAAAUUUCCUUCGAUCAGCAGGCCAGGUGAUUGCUGUUUUGCUAGAGGAAGAUCAAGCUGCAGCGCAACCCGGAUGGAAACUAAGAUCUCAACAAACCAGUCUGUCUAUUAGUGAUAGCUGUUUCCAGUUAAAUACUAACCAACCAUUCCUCCAUGACCGGAAAAUAUCCUGCCUAUAUGUCUCUCAAGUUCAGAGGCAGGCACUGCUUUCUGUUCAUGGAUUACCUGAUAAGGCAGGUGUUGCUUUACUGGACAGAAAGAGCAUCAUAUGUGUUUGGAACAUCUGGCAGCCCUCCAGUCCUCAGAAAGUUUUAAUAUGUGACUCUGAGGUCUUAUGUUGCUGCUUUAGUCCCAGUAAAACAACGUUAGUUUUUGCUGGAACAGUAGAUGGCUCUUUGUUGGUGUGGGAUCUUCGAGAAGACACAAGAAUGCACCCUCAUGUCACAUUCAGUGGAACUGACUGGACAUUUAGGGUUCCAACAUUUUCCACUGAUGGUAUUUUAAAUUCAGUCAACCAUACCUCUCCUAUAGUAGCAGUGGAACCUGUCUCAACUCCUCUCUAUGCUGAUCAGAAUUAUGGGCUCACCAGCCUCUCUCAUCAGGAAGAAAUGUCAGGCCCUCCAUUUCAGAUAGCUUCAAUGGAUGAAAAUGGAAUCCUCAAUACGUGGGUAGUUGUAGAAUUACAGAAAGUGGAUUUAGCUGGUUCGCAAACUGAUUUAGGCUUAAUUCCUGGAGGGAAAGUGAAGUUAGUACAUAGCUCUACCAUGGAGUUGAAUAAAAGUCUUUUCCCAAAGGAUGUGCUCCUGAGGAUGCCCCAGAUGCUGAUGGUUAAAUUUCUGCCAUCUGAUCCAAAUCAUUUCAUUGUUGGAACAAAUGUUGGUCUGGUAGGCCAUGGUACAAGACAUGAUUUAAAAGUUCUUCCAAAGCUAUUCAGACCCCAGGAGAGUGGGAUGAGAUCGAUAAACAUCAGUGCAAUUGAUUUCUUCCCUUUUGGAAAGUCACUCUUUUUGGUUGGCUGUUCAGAUGGAAGCAUUAGAUUACACCAGAUGACAUCAGAGUAUCCCCUCAUGCAGUGGAAUGGCAGCACAAAUGGCCAGCCAGUUAUUGCCCUGCAAUGGGCUUUAACCAGACCUGCCGUGUUUUUUGUCCUCGAUGCAUCAUCUAAUAUUUACAUCUGGGAUCUUCUGGAAAAUGACUUGUUUCCUGUGGCAAAGCAAACUAUUCCAUCAGAGAAUGUUAUAACUAUGGCUUUGCUUGGGGAACCAGAAAAACCAAAUGGAUUGUUAGGCAUUGUGCUGGCCAACAACUCUGGAGAGAUCGACGUUCACUGUGUGAAGAAGAAAUGGGCAUUACCUCAGCCUGAGGAAUCUGAACAACUAAAUCGGAUCCUGUUGAGGUCGUGUUAGAAGCAGAAAAGUUUGGUGCAAAAUAUUUAUGAUUUUUUUAUUGUAUUAAAAAGAUUCAUAGCAUAAUUUUGUAUAUUACUUGUACAUAUUUUAAAUAAAAUCUGUGCAUUAUUUUAGUUGAAAAUAUAUAUUUUAUCCUAAAAAAUGAAAGAAUCAAGUUUUGCUUAUUAUGCUAAAAAGAUGGUCUGUAUUUCUGUGUGGAAAGAAUUCUAGAUUUGUAUAUUUUCCAAAAAUUCCUAAAAUAUAUUCCUAUAAAUUACACCCCUGUUUUCCAUUGUUCCAUUCAGAAGUGAAUGUUUGCAAUCCUUCAUUUGGCAGACAUAAAAUUUUCCCUUUGUCUAAA